UCAAUUGCUAUAAUUUGCCGUCAGUGGUUCAACAACUCAUCAUAAAAGUUCCAAACCGCGAUCACAAAUAAACAAUUGCAUUGUAUGCAAAUAAGUCAACCGUUUCACACUAGGCAGGGUGCAAACUAACGUCCUUUGAUGCUGACACAUAACCCCACACACGGGCUAGAAAGAUGUCAUAACUUCAUCCUUCCAUUUCACUACUACCAAGGAAGAGAUGAUUGCUUCAUAUUAAAAGAGUGGACCAACCAUGUACGCUAUCCAAAGACCAGGUAUGUUCUAUUGUCUGAUGGAGUCCAUCUUACCAGCCCUCUCUUCCAAUACACAACAAUAAUCUACUGCAUUGCCAAGCAUAAAAAUAGCCAAUUUGGCUGUUUGGGGGAUAACGCUAUGACGAUGAGCAAGAAUUAAAAACCACUAGCCACCACUUGACAUUUUAGUUAGCGAAAAAACACAUCGGAGGCCCCCUACACUUAGAAUUUCUGCAUCAAAUAUCACUUGCAAGACCUGAGAGCUCCUCAAAAAAUUUAUGACCCCAAA